AUGUACAACCUCAUUACUCAACAUAGAAAGAAAAAGGUGAAGGGUGGUGAUGCAAAUGCUACAAUAAGCUACCUGAGAGGUAAAGCUGGGAAUGAUUCUUAUUUCUUUGGCAAGAACGUCUACAAUAAACCACUUGUGAUAUUUUCUAGUAGCAAUCAUCAUGGGCAGACCGUCAUAUUUGGAUGUGGUCUUCUUGUUAAUGAGGAUAUUGGUUCAUACAAGUGGCUCUUGGAAACUUUUUUGGAAGCAAUGGGGAAUAAACACCCUAUGGCAGUUGUCACCGAUGGAGAUCUUUCAAUGAGAGAAGCCAUUAAACAUGUCUUUCCUUAUGCAACACAUCGACUAUGUGCAUGGCACUUACAUAGGAAUGCAUGCGAGAAGGUUAAGAACAGUGAAUUUUUAAAUGACUUCAAGAAAUUGAUUUAUGCUAAUGUGAGUGUUGAAGAGUUUCAGGUCAUGUGGGGAGACAUGGUGGUGAGGUAUAACUUAUCAAGCAAUUCUUGGGUCGACCAAACCUUUGAGUUGAGGAAUUUAUGGGCUCUUGCAUAUUUGAGGGACCAAUUUUUUGGGCAAAUUAGGACAACAUCCCAGUGUGAAGGGAUUAACUCUCUGAUAAAAGCAUAUGUGAGAAAGAAAGAUACCCUUCUUGAAUUCAUCAAUAACAUGGAGACCGUUGUUAGCCAUUACAGGAACAAUGAAAGAGUUGCAGAGUUCAAUAGUAAAUAUACCGAUCCAGUACUUGUGACUUCUUUGCCGACACUUGAAGAUUUUACUGCAAAGACUUUAUCUUGUAACAUGUUCUGGGAGGUCAAGAAGGAAAUUGAGGGUGCUUGUGCUAUGAAUACAGAGUUGGUAAUUCAGGAUGGUGGAAAACUAUACUUCAAGUGUAACAAUUUUGGAGUGCCAGAGAUUGAUCAUGUGGUUGAGUUUGACAGAGUUGGGGGGAUGCUUCAUUGUGAGUGUCUGUGGUUCGAAAAUAGAGGGAUUCCCUGCAUGCACAUAUUCGCAUGCCUAAAGCACCAACACGUUAAAGUUAUUCCAGAAAGCUUAGUUUGCAAGCGUUGGAAGAAGAAUGCCAAGAGCGAUUUCAUGAAGUCAAACGUCGAUGAUCCAAGUAAUUCUGAUAAGGUACUAAAGUGUCGUUUGGGUGUGUUGGGUGCUGAGUGUUUUAGGUUGAUGGAUGUUGCAUGUAAGAACUCAAGUGAUUUUGUCGAAGCAAUAAAUGAUGUUGUCAACACAAUUACAAAACUCCAAAAGCGAGGUGAAAAUUCACACAAAGGUAAUUUAGACGAUGACUACGUUGUUGACCCAUUGGUGGUGAAGAGUAAGGGAGCUCCCAAUAAAAACUCAAAAUUUAAGCAACGUAGAAGGUGUUCAAACUGCGAUGUGAUAGGGCACUACAACAAAAGUUGUCCUAAUGUUCCUGGAAGAAUCCCAAAGGAGCCAGUAGACGAUGAUACAGAAAAGAAUAUCAGCAGCCAUCUUGACAUCCUCACUAAGCGUAAAAGUCAUGACAGUAUGAAAAAUCAGCAGAAGAUGGAAAAAGAUAGGAACAUUGGUGGUGGAACAGCACCAACCUCAGCAGCUAAAUCGGCUUUUACUGAUCAAGUGAAAACAUCAAGUCCUGGUCCCUAUAUCCCGGUUUGUGCAUCUACAAGUAACGAAGAGUCCGGGAUGAGUUCCAGAACAACUGAGUCUCCUGUUGUAGCCCCUGAAACUGGAAUGGCAGAUUGA